AAUACGCAAAAUCCCUGGGUUCGCCUUAUAAAACGGAACGCACUGGCCUCAAAGCCUCACAUUCAGUUCACGUUCGAAGGAGUGAGCGCAACGCUUACUCUCUCAUUCGAUAAAAUAUCGAUUCAGUACGAGUCUGUGUAAAGUCAGUGUCUUCUAUAGGUUGGGGCCCGGAAAUAUUUUCUACCUACUCUGGUUUUAGUUUGGAGAAACAUCGGCAGCACACUUUACAAUAAGAUUGUGUAUGUUGUAUAAGGAUUUUUUAUGAGAAAACUAAAAAAUUAAUUUUUGAAGAAGAAUUAAUUGGGUGGUGUACUUUUUUCUUUUUUUAAUAAUAAAAGGUAUAGAAUGGGAACAUCAAGUCAAUUAAAGUCGACAUUAAACCUUUAAUAACGAAAAAAAAAGCUAUUUAAUAACGAAGAAAAUCUCAGGAUUAUCUGGCCUUAAGCUUAAACGAGUAAUAAAUAAAGAAAAAUCGGACCAAGUCCCAAAAAACUUACCCUAACUUAUUACAAAAAAGUGAUCAAAUUUUCCUUUUUUCUUUCUAACGGAACCAAAAAAAGGUACCGGUCAUUGAUGAUCUGGUACGAAUCACCGUCACCAUUGAAGAUCUCCUCAUCGUCUUGCCCGAGAUUAUCACGUGAUCCCAGAUUAAGAUUACAGGGUUGGUCCAAAAGGUGGAUGCAACAACCAUUUAGUUAAAUCAAAAAGAAUUUAUAUUAAAAAAAAUAAAUAUAAAAAUCUCGGUAGCUAUUUUUACAGUAUUACAACAGAGGAGAGAUUAAAACUUAGCUUUAAAUACUUUAAAACAAGUUUUUUUUGUUGGCUGUGAAUAAGAAUCAAAUAAAAAAUAAUCAAAAAAGUUAAAAGAAAUGGGGGAUAAGGAUCUUAAGAACGUUUCUGAGCCGCUGAUUGAAAAAAAAUCGAAAGGGAUCAUCACUACGACCGAAAAUGAAACUUUAAAAGUUAAAAAUGGAAAUUCAAGUCCAAAAAAUGGCACUUUAAUUCCAGCGGAAGUCCAUUUUAUGGACGAAGAAUCUGCGGGUUCAUCAAAAUUAUCUUUAUCCGAUGACGAUGAAACUGAAAGCCGAAUUGUUACAAGGAGUGGGCCUAAUAUUCCCGAUGGUGGGUGGGGUUGGAUGGUGGUCUUGUCAUCUUUAUUACUUUCGAUGAUUGCUGAUGGAAUAAGUUUUUCGUUUGGUCUCCUUUACAUCGAGUUUUUAUACGAAUAUGGCGAAUCAAAAUCGGUUACGUCAUGGAUUGGGAGUCUUUUCUUAGCGGUUCCUUUAUUAACAGGCCCAAUAAUGAGUGCUUUAGUCGAUCGUUAUGGUUGUCGUUUGAUGACCAUCGUUGGAGGAUUAAUCUCGGGAUUAGGAUUCGUAUUGAGUUCUUUUUGUAGAACGAUAACUGGUCAAUACAUAACAUUUGGUGUAAUCGCAGGAUUGGGUUUGGGCUUAAUUUAUGUAACAGCCGUCGUUUCAAUUGCUUAUUGGUUCGAUAAGAAACGAAAUCUAGCAAUUGGGUUAGGAGCGUGUGGAACGGGAUUUGGCACGUUCGUUUAUGCCCCGAUGACUGAACAUUUUUUGUAUUCUUACGGUUGGAGAGGAACCGUUUUGUUAUUAGCAGGGACGUUUUUUAACAUGUGCAUUUGCGGCGCUUUAAUGCGCGAUCCCGAUUGGUUAAUCGAAGAAAACAAACUCACAAAAUCCAGCAAGAAAUCAUCAACAUCCACAACAUCCGUAUCCGGGCGAAGCUUAGCCGACGAUUUCCCCGACAUCGAAGAACUCAGAGAGUUAUUAAAAAGCGGCAAAAACACCGAAUAUCUUUUACAAAGUUUAGCCGCAACCGUCGAUGAAAACAAAGACGAAGAAAACUUAAAAAACGUUUUGCACCGAUCCGAUUUGAGCCUGCCAACGUUCGUUAAACAAAACGAAAAAGUUCCGUUGGAAGUUCUUCAACAUUUGGCGGCGAACAAAAAGUUUUACAACGUCAUCUUGGAGAAUUACCCAAGUUUGUUGUUUUCAAGAAGCAUCUCAGAUCACCGAUUAAAUAAAAUCAAGGAGACCAACGAUACCACGAUGAACAGGGUCCCGGUGACUUUAUCGAUGAAAUUAAAGAAAGCUAAAGAUACAAAUUGCGAAAAAAAGCUUGUUCAUCAACAUUCGAUGCCGAAUAAUAACAAAGAAUCAAUGACGAGGCAAAGAAAAACUUCCCUGGAACAUAUCCCCACAACAAAACCAAUAACAAGAUCCGACUCGGUUUCCUGGUUCAUGAAACAACUCGGGAUGAACACUCAUCAUCAUUUUAAGAACAUUAAGUUACACAGAAACUCAGUUAUGCAUCGUGGCGCGAUGUUAAACAUCCAUAAAUAUCGAUUAAGAGCUUCGAGUUGCCCGAAUAUUUAUAGGAAUUCAAUGAUAACGUUGGCUCCUGAAGAAGAAGAGAAAUGGUAUGAUGAAUUCGUUGGUUUAUUAAAAGACAUGGUAGAUUUUUCUUUGUUGACCGAAUUUCAUUUCUUAUUGAUGGCGUUAUCUACGAUUUUAUUGUUUACAUGGUUUAUCGUUCCUUAUUUCUAUUUGCCGGAAUUGAUGUCGGCCAAAGGGUAUUCCAAGUCAGAAAUAUCGACUGUUAUUUCAGCAAUCGGAUUAACAAACGGAAUUGGAAUGAUUGUAUUGGGUUGGGCAGGUGAUCAACCAUGGACAAGUGUAACAAAAACUUACGGAGUUUGUUUAAUUCUUUGCGGAUUUUGCAUUGCGGGGAUGUACCUUUUCAUACAAAUCAAAUACGCUUUAUACACCGUCUCAAUACUUUUCGGUUGGUUCUUUGCGAGCAGUUUUUCAUUUACACCGAUGAUCACGGCCGAUUUGGUACCAUUAGAUCGGUUUACAAUCGGUUACGGAUUAAUUUUAUUAUGUCAAGGUAUCGGUAAUUUGAUCGGACCACCAAUUGCUGGCCUUUUCUUCGACUUGACGAAAUCUUGGGCCCAAACGUUCAUACAAUCCGGUUUUUGGAUAAUAAUUUCUGGCAUUUUAAUCCUGAUAAUUCCGAUGACAACUAAUAAAAGACUCGUUGGGAAUAAACCUUUAGAAAUGGAAGCGAGCGAAAAGGGUAGCAUUGUUUAAUUUUUUUUUAAUUAAUCAGUAUCGCAAGAAACCGAGUUGUAUUAGAGAACUAUGUACUUACUUUCAAACCAAUCAGCACAUUUCUGUACUUAUCUCCCGUUUUUACUUAAAAAAAGGAAAUAUAUAAUCGCAUAUACUUAAUGUACCUACUUAGAAAUGGAGAAGAAAGGAAAAUGUUGUGUUCGUUUUAAAGUUUUUUUUUUUUUUUAGUUUUUGUUGCAUCGAUUUUUUUUUUUGAGUAGAUGGUUCUUACAAAGAAUAUUUAUUGUCGUGGUGUGCGUACAUUCCGGGAUUUGAAAGAAUACGGUUUCGUACUUAACGCAAAAUGCAAUAUUUAUAUCUACAUGACAAUGUUUUUAAUAAAAAAAUUAUUGUCGGUUGUUAAAGUAUUUUUAUAUGCAAUGAAAAAAUCUUUUUUGCGCGAGGUUGUGUUCCAGUGUAGCAUAUGUGUCAAUUUCAUCUCUUUAAUAUGCAUAUUUAAUAAAAUAGUACUUACAUACAAAAA